GCCCACCCGUCUGUCUGCUCGCUCGUCCACCCGUCUGUCCGCUCGUUCGUCCACCCGUAUGUCCGCUCGCUAGCCCAUCCCUGUGCUCUCCGUUCGCUCGCUCCGUCGCGCACGCACGCGGGCGCACCUGCGCCGCUCGGGUUUCCACGAUUCACAGAAAGGCUGAGCAGCCGCGGCUCCACGAAUUGGAGGAAGUGGGCAGUGCCGGGUUUUGCCUUUUGACACACGUGGGCGCGCUAUAAAGAGUCGCUCCCGCCCGCCCGCUUUACUUUUCUGCAAAUUAACUUUGCAUCCGUCCGCGUGUUGACCGUGAAAAAACCGGCGGACGCGAGGAAGCCGGUUUCUCAUUCAUUUUGUCGUGCGGGCCUCCCCUGUUUGUGGAAGUGUUCCGAGCGGCAGCGGAGGAAUCUGUUUGUUUAUUUAUUUUAUUAUCUGAAUGCGUUUCAAACAUUCAUGCUCUAUGCAUUAUUGGGAUGUUACUGUCUGCGAGUGCUUCAUGUGGCGCGGAGAUGAGCGGCGGCGGCGGUGGUGGCGCAGGGGAGCGGGAGGCCCCGCCGUGGCCGCCCCAGGACGGGCCCUGGAGGGAGCUGUGCGAGCGACUCGCCCGCGAGGCGGCCACCGACUUUGCGGGGCAGUACCGUGCCUUCACCGCGCUGCACCCGCAGUGGGCAGGCCCGGACGCCGCCGCCACCUUCGCGCAGAUCUUCGCCGAGUGCUUCGCACGGCGCUUCCGAGCCGAGGUCGGCCGACCGAGCGGCGCCAACAGGGGAGGAGGACGAGGCGGCGGUGCCGGCGGCAGCCCGGCCGCCGCGAGUAGCGCGACGUCCGAGGAGGCCGCGGCGGCGGCGGCGUCGAAGAGGGGAAGCGUCGGGUCGGACUUCUCGGGCCGGGAGGGCGCGGCGGCGGCGGCGGCGGCGUCGCAGAUGGCGGCGUCGCGCCGGCGCAGCACGUCGCAGGAGUUCACGACGAAGCGGGACAGCGUCUCGUUAGACCCGCCGCCGCUCCGCAGCCCGGGCCCCGCCGGCGGCGGCGGCGGCAGCCCCGACGCCUACCCGGCGGCGCGCUCCGCGGCGUCGGAGCGGCGCUCGCUCGCCGAGCCGGCGCCGCCGCCGUCGCCGGAGCCGGCGCGGGACUCCGCCGCCGCCGACGCCAAGUCGCUGAGCUCGGAUGAGGCGUCGUCGCUGCGGAGGGGCUACGGCCCCGAGCCGCCCUCGCGCCUCAGGGCGUCGUUCCGGCGAGUGUGCAACAUGUUCCGGCUGCGCAAAAGGACGAGUCGGGGCGGCGGCCACCUCGCCGCAGCGAACGUCGCCCGCCGCGACGUGGAGCGGCCGUGCGCGAACGGCGACUCCUCCGGCGAGGCGAGCCGGGAGCUGGCGGCGGCCGUCCCGGGCGCCGCCGCGUCGGCGUCUCGCGAGCGGGGGCGGCCGCCGCUCUACCGCUGGUUCUCGUGGUCCCAGCAGCGGCGCUCGGACCCGCGGUGCGUGAGGCGCGAGGGGACGCUCAGCUACGUCGUGGCGGAGGACGUCAGCGGCAGCCAAGUGCGGUGGCGGCGCUGCCGGCUGCUGCUGUGCCGGGCCGAGGGUCGUAGCGGUGGCGCCGUAGCCUCCGCCGCCGGGUACCAGCUCGAGUUCUACGUCCCGCCCAAGUCGAGCAAAGCGAAGAUCUCGGUGCCGUGCUCCUCCAUCCUGGAGGUGCGCAAGACCAAUCCCUUGGAGAUGCCCGAGAAGGACAACACCUUCGUGCUCAAGACGAGGGAUUCGAUGGAAUACAUCCUGGAAACGGUUGAUUUUCUGCAGAUGCACUCAUGGCUGGCCGACAUUAAGGAUUGCUUGCGGCUUGGGAACGAGGGCACGAGGCUGCAGGCGCUCGGGAGUUCGCCCUCCGACAACUCCAUCCACAGAAUCUCGUCCGACAUGAGCGCGUCGACGCAAGGCCUGCACUCGGGUGGCUCCGGGAGCCACAGGACGGCCCGCCCGCGCAGCCUCGACGGGGACGGCGGCGGCUCCCGUUUUGGCCUCGUGGACGGCGCCCCGCCGGAGGUGCCGCCCCGGGCGCCCGUGCACGGCCAGGGCCCCGAGCCCACGCACUUCCUACCCAUGAUCGCCUCCGGCGCGAUGGACACGAGCAUGGCGACAGGCACCCAGGACUGCAACGGGCCACUGUCGGAGUGCCCGUGGUUCCACGGCACGCUGUCACGCCUCAAGGCGGUACAGCUGGUGCUCACCGGCGGGGAGGAGCGGCACGGCCUCUUCCUGGUGCGGGAGAGCGAGACGCGGCGCGGGGAGUAUGUGCUCACCUUCAACUACAAGGGCCGUGCCAAGCACCUGCGGCUGUCCGUGAGCGACGACGGCUGCUGCCGCGUCCAGCACCUCUGCUUCCCCAGCGUGGCGGCCAUGCUGGAGCGCUUCCAGACCGAGCCCAUUCCGCUGGAGUCCGGCGGCAUCGGGGACAGCGUCACGCUGUCGCGUUACGUGGCACGCGCGCAAGAGGCGAUCAGCGUUCGUAGCCAGACCCCGAUGCAGACGCCCAUGCGCGCGCCCCGCUACCAACGGUGGAAUUCGGAGGGCGACCUGCGCCGGCCACAACUGCACACCCGGCCGUCGGCCGCCACCACCACCGCUGCCGUCGCCGCCACCGCCUCCGCCGCCAUGGGGGCGUUCCCCCAGCAACGGAGCGUGUCUCAGACGACGGUGUUCAUGUCGGAACGGAGGAAGGAGGGUGGCGUCACCUUCCUGCGCACGUUCGAUCCCGCCCGGUUCCGCGAGCUCUUCCAGCGGCGCCACAGCUCGCGGGCGCAGCGCGAGCCGGAGCCGCACUCGCCGGGACGGCCACGCGCCACGGACAAUCAAUACUACGUGGUAUGACGCACGCCACAGGCGGCCAACGUGCGAUGUGACGUGCACCGCCGACGGAAAACGUCGUGGGACGCCGCUGGUCACCGGCCCUGCGCCUCCCCACGACAAUUGCUGCACGGUGUGAUGUGUGCCACCGACAAAAAGUACUCUGGUGAGACGCUGCUGGUGACGAGUGCCAAAGGCGACCAGUCCUACGUGGCGCGAGGCUCCUGGUAACCAGUGCUAACGUCAUGUGAUGUGUGCCCCAGGCGACCAGUAUUAUACGUGGUGCGAUGUGUUCCACUGACAAGUACUGUGGUGUGAUGCCACUGGGUAACCAGUGCUGUGUGGUGACAGAUGCCAAGCGAAGCUUUUUUAAAAAAACGUGCUAUUUUUGGAACCCCCGACUCUCAUUGGCUUAUUUACUUUCACGAAGCAUUCACUCAACACAAAGCGAACACUGGUUUGGAGUUGGGCUCAGUGCUAUUAAUAAAAAAAUCGGGAAUUUUUUUUACAUGAUUUUUGUACUGAUUUCUCGGAAACGAUCUUACCAAACCACCGUGGAAAUUGCUCUCUUGGAAUCACUCCCGGUGAAAGUGAGAUUUGUUUGCACAUACGUUCUCAGUGUGCCCGGAGGGUCAAAAAGUGCUGGAGGUUUUGGAGGAUCGCAGGUAACGUAUGACACAGAUGUGCACGCGUUCACGCGCCGCAGCAUCUUCUCACCCACGUGUCUCCAUCCUGCAUGGGGCCGUCGCCUGCAUUGGCCCGUCUAUUUUGACCAGUUUUUUUUUUGCCUUCGUGCAACCAAGACACUCCCAACUAAAAUGCAAACGUAGCAGCAGCAGCAGUUGUGCUUGUGGCCAGUUGCUGUAGGCAACUGCACUUACAACCGAAGGGGGUGGCAGUUUAGUCAGAUGGGGUUAAAAAUACCAUAACCACUUAUAAGCCAAGUGUGAGAAAUGCUAUUUUCUAUAAAGGGCCUCUAGGUUGUUAUGUCCCCUUAAACACAGCAUGAUUAAAAAAAGAGACAAAUUAGACACUUCCCUUGCAAUGUGUGCCAUUGCCAGAUCAUGGCCACACAGUCCUGAUGAGUUUCCACUUUUAACUGUCAAGCGUUCAGUCCCAGAAAUGUAUGUUCCACAGAUUUGUGAGAUUAAAAAAAACCUUUGCACAUUUAUAGCCUCUUAACUUACCCUGAAUGUGAAAGCGCUCACCAGCUUACAGAGCAGCCAGGCAGAACAGACUUGGGCCAAAUCGCAAGAAGUCCUGAGCUUUGCUUGCUUAAGUGCUUUUCAAGCCGAUCCUUUGUUGUCCGAAAACAAAAGGAAAAUCAGAGGAUCAUAAAUAAUUUCGUAAUUUAAAAACUAAACUAUUGACGUCAUAGGCAAAGUCGCAAUUACUGGUUACCUCAAAGUUCUCGGAAAUAUUUCAAAGUUUGUAGGGAAGAAAAAAAACUGACUUUUUUUUAAGUAUUACCGAUUAAAAUCUUGACAACACCACACGGAAUUUUGUGCAAGGUGACAAAUUCCAACGCAGAAGACUUUUACCGUGGCUCCACUAAAUGUUAUUCGCCACCUAACCGUAUAAUUAAUGCAAUCGAAUCACCGGUGAAUUUCAACUUUUGUUUUCCUUUAAAAAAAAAGGGUAACCCAUACAAUGCUGUAUUUAUAGGAAAUACUGAAUGUAUGAACAUUUUGCCUCAAUGUUUAAAGCUGCUCUUGUUAAAACAGUAUUAAGGUCACGAAAGUACUGUAACCUGUUCAUUAAACGUUAGUCGGAACGUGUGUGUGUGAAACAGAGCAGAGUCGAUCGGGCGUUAGCUGCUUUAAAUUUAUUUUCCUCCGCCUUUAAAGUUUUUACGUGGGACUCACCCGAGCCACGUGUCUUGCUCGAAGUCUACGGUGGCAGUUUCUCGAUUUCGUUCCCGUAAUCCAAACAGCCAGGCCAACAAUGGAUCCUUGAAAGAAAACUCUCCAGCAACCUUCAUGGGGGCAGGGGGGAGGGCAAAAAAAGCAACCGCUAUACAAUCACAAUGUCCAUAAAUGUAUCAUGUACGAUUAAAUAAUUACACACGGCAGUUUAAGACUGCGUUAUUGAGUGCUGUGAUUAUACGAAACGUAAAGGCGUUUUUGCCAAAAUGCUGCAAUGCUUGACUGAUCUGCAACAGAGGCCUUAAAAAAUCACACACCCGACAAAAGUUUUUCAACUUCAAAGAUGCAAUCUAAGAAUCUCAUAGUCAAAAAAAUCAUCGACGCCUGGCGGACACGGACGUUUAGGAGAAUCAAGCUCGUGUGUGCGUGUGUCGUUAUAUUCUCCUCGCGAAAAUUUUUAAAUGCAUACCUUUAUGGACACCUGCAUGUGUUUAAACAAUUCCAGCGGCUGUGAAAAUGUUGGAAAAAUGUUUUUGCGAAAGGUUGAAUUGGACAAAAAGGUUUAAAAAAAACCUACUCCCGUUAUGAAGCCACUUUCAGAUUUAUUGUUGGGCCUGGAUAUUUGCCAAGUUGGAGUAUAGGUUUCAUGCUCACAUGCUACGAUGUCAACAGCGAGCACGUUAUUUUGUUUUGCUAUGUCCUGAGUAACUGUUUCAUUUUGUUCUAGAUAAUAUAUAACGAAAAAAAAUCAGCAUUAUUCACUUGUGCUGUUUGUAGAUCAAGAGUCAGUGAGAGGCUCAUUUCAUUUGGAGGUGUGCAACCGCGUCCUAUUUAAUAAAGUAAAUUGUGUACCAUCGUCAUUUUACAAAGCACUGCCAUUAAAAUAUAUUUUAACAAAUAUCUUGUAAACAGAGAGACAAAAGAAAACAUUUAAAAAGACAAAAAUAUACGAACUCAAUAAAAAAUGCUUUGUAUAGUCUUAAGUUUGUAGAUUACGUAUUGUUAUGCAGCGGCAUUGCUCGGCACUGAUGCAGUGGGGACGUGUUUAAGUAUUGUCGCUGUCCAACGUGUCUUUUCGUUAUUUUGAUUGUAGUCACUGUAAGCAUUAAGGUCUUACAAAUUAAUGUAGCGCUUCAAACAGCGCCCGUGCCCCCCCCCCCCCCCCCCGCCGCCGCCGCAGAGAGGUGAACUAUGCCAUUUCAUUGCUAACGCAGAUAACUGUUUUUUCUAUUAUUCCCCCCCCCCCACUGCCGCGUUAAGUGACGCUUGUGAAUGCUUCAGGUGUUUUCAACUCAUUCCGUGCGGAAUCCUGCACAAGGUAAAUCUUAGGAGGCUUUCCAGCUAUUUAUAUUUCUUAACUUCAGUCACUUUACGCUGCGAUUUAACGAUUGGAAAUGUCAGGGUUGGACCACGACCAAACGCUGGGGGGCCCACAACACAAACCGGCAAUAAGCACUCUGGGUAAUUUUAAAGUCAAAUUACUUUUUUCGACAAUUAAACGAGUUCUUUGGAAGUUGAAUGCUUUAAGUACAAAGCGUGAGCGCAUCAGGGCCUUGUAGGCGGGGGGGGGGUUGGGUAAGCGUGUUUAUCUUUCACUUGGAAUUCACUUAAAUCCUUUAAACAGUAAAAAAAAAACCCAUGUACAUUUAUUUAUAUCCCAAGUGUUGUUAUUGGUUUCGUUUGGCUCGGUGCGCAGAUUUUCAUUGACCCCCCCGGGGUUGCGAGCCCAAUGCACCCAGAGGAAACGAGGGCGAGAUAAGGGACGCACGGCAGCGCAACCUCCCCCGCGGGCGACCCUACAUUUUCAAUCGUUUUCACGAUCCGCAGCGGUUCUGUGGAUGGCACGGACGUACGAGUGACGCCGAAAACUUUUCUGUCCCUUCAAAUCAAAGCAGCAUUAAGCGUGUACUGUUGGCAAGCACAGUUUCAUGAACGCACGGGGCACACAAAAGGGAGGAGUCCGUCAAUAAUGAUAAAAGCAUGUACUUUUGGAACUUGUGGAUUAUGGGCAAAAUUUUAACGAACUUGGAAACCAAAACGAUAUUAAGAAAAAAAGGUUUGCACACGCAGCAACCAACACUACAUAAAUACGGUACAUGUGAACAUUGCGCGCACGGUGAAGGCAUUGUGUUACAAACCCCAACGUAUACAUAUUGUCAAUUGCCCAAGCAUUCUUACACGGGUCAAAAAGUUUUGAGAACGUAAAAGUUAAUGUAGCACCGUGAACUUUAACCAAAAUUGUACAAGCGUGUCGCUGUGGUAUUAACGUACAAGGCAUUUCCCAAGUGGAAACAUCAGGUUUUCUAAACUUUUUGACUAUGGAAGACAGUUGACACGCAAAAUUAUGCCCACUUUCAUUUUAUUAUUAGUAUGUAUCAGCCUAUAUUUUUAUAAACAAUGUUUAUGAUUUACAGAAAGUGUUACCUCUGUGCUAACUUUUAAGAUUAUUUAUUCCAUUUAAAUGGGAUUAAGAAAAGUAUAUUUUAUUUUAAAAUUUUUACCGCUAUGCUGAAGGUAAAUAAAACAAAAAAAAUUGUUUGUGUUUACAUGGUCUCUGUUAAGAAACAAUGCGUAAAAAGUAUUUGCAUGUGCAUCUAAAAAAAUCCCGACUUCGUCAUUGUCAGCACUGCUUUGAUUUCCAAGUCAUGGAUGAAAAACUAUCGACAAACCAAAAAAACAAUCCCAGAAUGAUCACUCGUUACAAUUGCUGCAUCCAAAAACCGUACUUUUUAAUUUAAUGAUAUAUUAUCGACCACUGAAGGCACAUUUGAAACCGUUCAGGCCAUUCAUUGCUUGGUUGAUUUUCAGCUUCAUAUCACAUUAGCCACUCAUUGUGCAAGUGCUCUGUAAAUGCAGCGUACGCCAUCUGGGUUGUGUGCUGGGCGAUUGGUCUCUCCAAAUAUGCUCUCGCUGUAUUACCGUCAACUAAUUGCAAUUCAUUCUGCGUCUUCACGCGCAUGUUUCAUAUAUUUCACAGUGAAUGGCAGCAUCCAUCGACAAUUUUGAAUAGCCCACAUGUAUCUUAUCUUAAAAUAAUUCAUAUAUAGCGCCUUAUUGAAGGCGCCUUACACAGAAUGAACAAUAGUACACAUGCAUGUAAUGGUGGAGAUGAGGUGAAUGAAAUGAAGCAAUGGGGGGGAAAUCUGUGAUGCGUGAAUUUGGUGAAAGCAAAAUUGAUUAAAGUAAAUGAUAAAUUGAAUUAAUGGGGAAUGAGUGAAAGCCAUAAGAGAAUAUGAAGAAAUAAAAGUAACGGUGGUGGUUAUGAGGGGGGAGAGAUUAAGGGGUAUUGGGGUGAGCUCGGGGAAAAUAAUGGAGUUGAGUGCAGAGUGGAAACUAGCAAGAGAAAAAGAGCGAAGGCGUGGAUUGAGCGCGAGGAGGAAGAGAUGGACGGCAAAUAUUGAGACUGGAGAGGGCGAGAAGGCACACAGAAAGAUACAAGCAUGGCAAAAUAUGGUGGGGCAAGACCAUCAAGGGAUUUGUAAAGCAGGGUGAGGAAUUUGAACAGGCAACGGUAUCAGUUUCAAGUGUAACGGAUAGACAACACCGCAUGUAAAGGUCGACUAGCAUCGAGGUCCAGGAUGCACCGUUCAAAAACUCAAGACAAGUCAUCUCUCUCUGCCUGUUUGUGAGAAAACGAAUCUUAAGUGGCACAACAGGCUACAUAUGGCCACAUCUGGAUAUAAAUUGCUCUGGCUGGUUUAGUGAGGUUCACAAUGCCAGAACCUCAGGUGUAUUUUGAAUCUGCCCACCCUUUGGGUUUCACCAAUGCACAUAGCAGGAUUAUUUUUUGCACGAGAUGCAGAACAAACACAACGCUCAAGCAACACAGGAACUCAUGUUUCGUAUUAAAAUAUUCAUCGCCAUGCAAUCAUAUUUUAACCGUGGCGUUCAAGGCGACCCAACUGACAAUCCUAUGGGUGACCUUGUGAACCUCGAUAGGUCCAGAAAACUCCGUUUUUCCCAUAUUACAUCCUGACUUUUUCUGUGAAAAAAAAUCCAACAGGUGCCAUUUAUAAUAAAGUGCUUUUAUACACCGUGGUGUCAUUCCAGCAAAAAUGCAUCUCACACCACUAUACUAUCUACAAUACACAGCGAGGUGUAUAUAUAGAGAUGUUUUUAGCCAAUUAUUUUUUAUCCACAUGGGAGAAAUCGGAGCACCUGUAUACAACACACGUGUUUUAAGGGGCAGCACUCUGUCCCACAUACAAAUGCAACAGAAGGAAUAGAGUCCACACUUGCUGUACCAAGAAAUCCCUGUUUUACUUGUAUUAUUUCUAGAGGGUUUUUCAGCAGUGGCUUCCUUGUUCAUCUUCGGAUUUCCUUGAGGCUUUUGGCAAUUACUCCAGUGCGUUCGCCAAUCCCACCAUUCUGUAGCACAGCACACCCAAUCUGAAUAGAUACAAAAACAUAUGCUGUUAGUAUGGUCAAUGGCGAUACUCUCUGUGCCUUUAACAUUAAUAAUACAUUUCAAAAACUGGGAAAUAUAUAAAUGCAAUGAGUGGACAAGGCUUUUAACGGUUAGUGGAGAAUGGGUUCAAAGUAAUUAAUUCAAAUCGAUCCCUAAAACUCAAAAUACGUGCAUUGAAUCAGGUCAAAACCAAUAUUUCAACAUGCCACCUGCACUAUUUAAAAGGGCUACAUUCACCAAAAGUUCAAGUGCCACAAACUCGAACCUCUAAAUUUAUUAUCCACAAAUAUCAUGUCAUUUAUUUGGGAAACCCUCACCGUGUGACGACUUUAUUAAAGAGGGUCCGACAUUGGGGUGCUCAAGCAAUUCAUUAUUUUGCCAAAUUUAAGAAUGGUUCCCGUUCUAUCACGGGAAUCUAGAUAGUGUGUAAAAAAAUCCCAAUGGGCAGUCACCAGGUUAAAUAAAAACCAAUACGAUUGGUCUUAAACUGGUUAAAGUUACAUGAGGCUCAUACAUUUCACCGCAUACACAAUCAUCUUGCAAACACAAGACCCAAAAGGGAGUAAUUUUUGCGAUGAAUCAAGAAAACAAAACAGUCACUUAAAACAAUCGGAAAGAAAUCUCAAGUAUCCAAUGCAUUUACACAACAUAAACAUCAACACAGGCUUGAUAUAAACUUUUUUUUAUUUUUUUGAAUUUUUUUGUUUUACAAAGAAUUCUUAUUAAAAUUAUUAACUUUUUUUUGUAUUUUUUUGUUUUAUCUUUUUUUUUGUCCUGGAAAGCUCAAACGAUGCCUCGUGGUGAAGUGUAACAACGCCCCGCCCGUCGUCUUUUGCUUCCCCACCCCCCCCCUCCCCGGUCAGUGCCACAAACGCGAGCCAGCAGUCUGCCCCUGCGGCGGAAGUGGUUGGACUGAGGUGGCUCGGCGAGGGAUUGGCCCCGUGCCUUGGCUCGCAGUGUCUGCAUAGUGGCGUCAGGAAGACACGAUUCACCGCGUGGGGCCAGGCCACGCGGUCCACACGCUCUGCUGUUUGUUGUUGUUUUUUUUCCUCUUCAAAUUUAGUUUCAUCACAAGAGCGGCACGUAGAAAGUUCCCAUUGCACUCUUGCAGCAGCA